AUGGCAGUUCCGUCUGAAAAGUUUGCCAAAGUCGAGGAGGCGAUUACUACUCUACCGGCAGAAGAGCAGGCGAAUGACCUCGAUGUGAAGCUGGAUGGAGAGAGGCUGGCCAAACUUUUUUUCGCCACUAUCGAAGACAUCUUAGACGCUCAAGAACAAGCUCGCUCUUUGACUCUUGAAGAUGCUCGCCAGCACGCUCAACGGCUCGUCGAGGCUCACGUUUCCGACCCAAAUAUCGCACAUGGCACAAUCGACCGCCUUUCCGCAUUCCUGCAGAACGACGCCCUUUUCCAGUCACCAAAUGAUCAUAGGAAGGAAAUUGAAGAAGCUAAGAUCGAAAUCGCUCUGCUCACUGGUAACAGCCCCUAUGCAGAGGUCCGUGCCGUCGUCGAUGCUCACGACACUCCAAGCUUGCCAUGCGGAACUAUCCGUGCUUGGAUAAUUGGUUUAUUCUUCGUCGUCGUCAUUGCCUUCAUCAAUCAGCUCUUCAGCGUCCGCCAGCCGACCAUCUUUGUCCAAGCCCCGGUCGUGCAGCUUCUGUCAUAUCCUGUUGGAAAGUUCGCCGAACGCGUCCUCCCUGAUAUCGGGUUCACUCUCUUUGGUGUCAGACACAGCCUGAACCCUGGUCCUUUCAACAAGAAGGAACAUAUGCUUAUAUCAAUAAUGGCCAGUGUUGGAAAGACUUUGCCUAGUUCGAGAUAUAUCAUCUUCACCGGAUGGCUCGACAAGUAUUUUGGACAGUCUUACGCAAAAUCUUUUGGGUACCAGAUUUUGCUUGCUAUCUCUACCAAUCUCAUGGGGUUUGGUCUUGCGGGUCUCUGUCGGAGAUUCUUGGUCUAUCCAUCCUUUUGCUUAUGGCCAGCAACCCUAGUCACCAUCGCUCUUAACAGCUCGCUUCAUAAUGAUGUGAAUAACACUGUACCCGGCCCAUUUCAAAAACUGUUUACGAUUUCACGAUUCCGAUUCUUCUUGGUAGCCUUCUCGUCAAUGUUUGUAUAUUUUUGGUUCCCUGAGUAUAUAUUCCAAGCUUUGAGUAUCUUCAACUGGAUAGCGUGGAUCGCACCAAAGAACUUCAACCUCACGGCCAUCACGGGGAUCAAAAAGGGACUCGGCUUCAACCCUCUUCCUACCUUUGACUGGAACAUCGUGACACACAUCCAGGAUCCCCUUAUUGUGCCGUACCAUGUUACAAUCAACACGUUCUUUGGUGUUCUCUUGGGCGGGAUCACCAUUAUCGGCAUGUAUUGGACUAAUGCGUAUCACACGGGCUACCUUUCCAUUAACACCAACGCCAUGUUUGACAGAUUCGGAAAAUCGUACAAUGUGACGCGAAUCCUGGACGGCCAAGGAUGGCUCAACGAGACAAAAUAUGAGGCAUAUUCACCAGUCUACCUUGCUGCUAGUAGCAUCACCAUGUACUACUACUUUUUUGCGGUGUAUGCCGCCAUGGUGUCAUAUGCUACUCUAUACCACCGACGAGAUAUCGUACUCGGGUUCAAGAGUUUGUGGAGAAGCAUGAGGAGAAAUGGAACCAACGACUUCCAAGAUGUCCACUCGAGGCUGAUGUCGGCAUAUAAAGAAGUUCCCGAAUGGUGGUACUUGAUUCUCAAUAUCGUCGCCGUGGCCGUGGGAGUUGGUGCAGUUGCCGGUUGGCCCACGCAUACGAGCGUCGGUGUUGUCUUCUUUGGUAUUGCGCUUGCCAUGAUCUUCACAAUUCCCACAGGAAUUAUUGCGGCCACCACAGGAAUGGAGGUGGAAUACAAUGUACUAGCCGAGUUCAUCGGCGGUGCUUGGCAGCCGGGCAACGCGUUGGCUAUGAACUUCUUCAAGUGCUUCGGCUAUGUGACGACGGCUCAUGCACUCGACUUCGCAAACGACCUCAAGCUCGCCCACUACGUCAAGAUUCCCCAACGGCAGACAUUCUGUGCACAGGUCGUUGCUGUAAUUGUGUCCGCCUUCGUGACCACUGGAGUCAUGAAUUUCCAAAUUCAAAACAUUCAAAAUCUCUGCGAAACGAAUCAAAAGGACCGUUUCUCCUGCCCUGGAGUCAACACCUACUUCACGGCGGCAGUUUUGUUUGGCAGUAUUGGUGCUAGACGUGUGUUUGGUUCCAAUGCUCAGUAUACGACUCUGCUGACAGCGUUUCCUCUGGGAUUUGCGGUGCCUUUUGUUCUCUACUACCUUCAGAAGCUCGUUCCCCGCAACCACUGGUUUCGCUCUGUCCAUCCUGUAAUGCUCCUUGCAGGAGGUAUCCAUUGGUCUCCAUACAAUAUUGCUUACAUGUGGCCUGCCGUCCUACCCGCCUGGUUUAGCAUGAAAUAUCUCCGAGAGCGACACCUCGAUUUCUGGUCCAAAUACAACUACGUCCUUUCAGCGGCUUUCUCCUCUGCUAUUGCUCUGGCUGCUGUCGUCAUCUUCUUCGCGCUCAGCUAUCCUUCGGUCGAACUGGAUUAG